UCUUCUGGUUGUUUCUCUCUCUCCCUGGGUUCAUCAUCGUCUCCCUCACCAAACCUCUCCACCCCAAUUCUCUCUCGCUUUCACAUUGAAUUUGCUUCUCUAGAACUGGGUUUCACGUUGAUAACUAAUUCUCCAAUUCGAUUCCGAAACAAUCCAUCCAUGGAUGAAAUUGCGAAGGAAGUUAACGGCAGCGGCGACGCUAGGGAUCUCCACUCGCUUCUCUCUUCGGCAAGGGAUUCCUCAUUCGUAACAACGGCGAACAGAUUAUGUAUAUAGUGACCUUGUUUCGCGAAGAUGAUGUGCACAAGAUGGAGACUGAUGGGUCCGUUGUUUGUAUCUCUGAGAAGAAGGGACAAGAAGAUUCCGAUGUUCAGAGACUUUUGUGGAGACGCUCGAUAAUAAUAUUCAGGAAGAAGGAAGAUUUUGUGGAGAUGCUCGAGAAGAACGAGAACGGAUCCAAAAAGCAGCAUCAGAAGGUGGAGAGAGUGAGAGUCAAGGACAACGCUUUCGUUGGGAGGUCUGUGAAGAUCGAUGUGGUUGAUGACACUGCGUUGCUCAACGUUGUUCCUUUCUGCAAGAAAGGCAAAGAUCAUCAUCCCAAGAGGUCGGGAGCUGCACAUAGUGAUGAUAAGGAAGCACUAAAUAAGCCGGAGAGAGGCAUCAAAGUCGAGUGGCAUCGGUAUUCUCGGUUCUGUAUCGGCUGUACUAAGAUGAAACCGUGUGAAUGUCUUUGUACAUUGAGCCGUGACCUGGAGAAACCUGUCAAAGUCCCCUUUGUUCACACAACUUUUUCUCUCUUUUCUUAGACACAUCAUAAAACCGUGUGAAUAAUACAUAAGUCAUUCUUCCUGUAUAUAGAUUCUUUGGCUCAGAUUGUAAUAAGUUCAUUGUACAAUGUUCAUACAUAUUCUAUGAUGUUUGUAAUUUUUUUUAUUAAGAGACCUCUAUAAGUCUUACCAAUAAUCAAAACUUUUGUGAUUGUCCUUAACCAUUGUCCUUAACAUCGUAAUAAUACUAAAAUAACCUAAGGACCAAAUUUUUGGUCCUACCAAUAAUGAUGCCCUUAUGUCACUUAAAGUUGAUCUAAGGAUCUGUAAAUGGCAGAAUCGUAAAAAAGAUGGGUUAACUUUUCUGAAAGGAGUUUGCACCAAAAAAGAAUGUGGUUUCUCUCUUUGCUACUGUCCUGCACCUAACUGCAGCUACGCUGGCGUGUACAAAAGAUCUCUACAGUCAUUCGAUGCUAACCACAAGGAUGCAUGGAACCGUUUCGUGUGUGGCUUUAUCCACACGCCAUGUCUGAGCACAGGUUCGAAGAUUGCAGUCCUUCAGGAACAUAAAGAUGGUUCUUUGGUUGUCCUUCAGUGUUUCGAGUUGCCACAAGGAAUGUCUGUGACUGUGAAUCGUAUAGCUCCAUCUGCUCCAGGAGUCGGGAAGUUCUCCUUUAGUUUGACCUACUCGAUGGGACGUCACACUAUGACAUUUGGAUCAAGGGAGAUGAAUAGGAUUCAGAGAGUGAGCUUCCAAACUCCUCAGGACAACUUCAUGUUAAUUCCUUCCUUUUUGAAUCCACCGCAGGUGAAGAACUUGCGUAUUUGCAUCCGCCGGCUAGAAAAAGAAAAAGCUGGUGAAGAGGAAGAGGAAGAGGUGGAAGAGGAAGAUGUUGAGGUUGAAGUUGGAAACAAUGUUCGCAGAUCAGCUCGUGAGAAGAAGGCUAACUCCAAAUAUCAAAACAAAAUCAAGUAACCAAGGCUUUCUCCUUUUUUUUAAAAAAAAAAGAAAAAAAAAGAAAAGGCUUUCUCCUUUUAAUUUUUAUAUAUAAUUAGGUAGUUAUCUUCUCCAUCUAUGUUCUAUUGCAUGUCUCCUUUUUGUUGUGUGCUGCUGUGUUUCAAAGUUUGUAAGAACUCA